AUGGCAGCCGUCAUGCGCCCACGAGCGCUAGAUGGCGAGAGGAGAAUGAACAUGGACGCCCUUGGGAUAGGCUACAUGGUCUUCGCCAUAUUCUACACCAUCAUACUAUCUGCAGAACUCUACUUUUUAUAUCGACGACGUGAUGCAUUCUGCAUACAACUCCGAAACAUCAAAGUGCUUUUCGCAGCAGUUUGCAUGCUCCAUGUGUAUCUCAGUAUUGUCCUCUUUGUAUAUCCUUGGAAUGGCUUCUUUCCAUGCUCAGCCGAAUUCUGGAUCAUGUCUGUCUUCCUUCCAUCUGGCAUGGCAUUCUUCCAGGCUUGCAAUGCAAAGGUUCUCACAGUCUAUGAGAGGCAGAAUCGGUUGACGCGCAACUUCCUUGAAGGAGCGCGCAAGAAGCGCAUCUCAUACACCCCCCGUGGGCUAUACGAAGCGUGGCGCGAUCUUGAUGCCGCAAAGAAGGUGUACUUUGGUACCUUGGCUGGAUUAGCAAUUUCAUUUAUUCCUGCCAUUAUAUUGUUCUUCGGUUCGCGCCGUUUUCAUGCGUCCUACGGCUUCUUUGGAAUGGCUACAGACUUCCACAAGUGCCGUCGAGGGGGUGAAUGGAUUCCAUCGAUUUUCGUUCAGCUAUUCUGGACGAUGCUUGUGGGUCCUUGGAUUCUUUGGAAGAUUCGCGAUAUCAGAGAUGUUCAUUCGUGGGCCUGGCAAACAAGACUUGCCAUCAUUGCUGGCCUACCAGGAACGCCACUUUGGAUUGCCUUUACAUACUCAAACAUGGAGAUCGCUACAAGCGUCAAUAGAUUCUUCGCGCCAGCUGGAUGGUUCAUACCAUCACUGAUAGUUUGCCAACAAGUCUUGAUCAUCAUUCCUCUCCGUGACGCACUGAAGAUGCAGCCUUACCGUCGCUCUUCAAUCUCCGAAACCGAUUCUUUCAAAUCUUCACGGCCCAUUCUGAUCGAAAAGUCGCCAAUUGAGAGCCUCGACAAAUCUGCCAGAACCAAAGUAUCUAUGCAAGCGCUGGAAUUCAGUAUCGAACACAGCAUUGAGCCUCUCAUUGCCUGGGCCGCAGCCCGCGAGUUUACAGCCGAGAACUGUAUCUUCCUGCGCGAAGUGCGCAACUUUAGGAGAAAAUGGGCUGGGCUAAAGGUCGUCACUACAGCGCAACGCCGCCAAAUGUUCAACGAAGCAUCCCUCAUCUUCUUCACGCUCGUCAACCCGUUUACCGCCGAGAUGGCCAUCAACAUCGAAUACAAGAUCUUCAAGACGCUGCAAGCCGUCUUCGCAGAAGUAGAAUUCGAUCCAUAUAUGCCGCGCUGCAAAACGCCUGAUGAUGUUCAAUCACCCGUCUUCAGGGAAAACGUCGUGUGCCCGUGGGAAGACACGUUCAGCCGCCCGACAAGUAUCCAAAGCGACACGACAUCAUCAUCCACCUCGAGUACAAAGAGCAUAGUACCGAGUGAAUUUACAGACGAAAUUUUCGACGCUGCAUAUGACAGCAUCAAGUACCUUGUUUUCACAAAUACCUGGCCUAGGUAUGUGGAGCUCGCAGGCAAGCUUCAUAGCGCUCUCUGA